AUGGGUAGUCUUCCGAAUUUUCGGACCACUCCAAGUCGUUCCUUUACACAUACUGGGGUUGACUAUGCGGGUCCUUUCAACGUAUGCGUAUCACCGGGGAGAGGGCAAAAGAGUUACAAGAGUUACGUAGCCUUAUUCGUCUGCUGCGUGACUCGGGCCAUACAUUUGGAACUUGUUUCAAAUUACUCCUGUGAAGCUUUUCUAGCAGCUUACCAUCACUUUACAAAUCGUCGUGGAUUACUAGCUCACAUGUACAGUGACAAUGAUACCACAUUUCAGGGAGCUGAAAGAGAAUUGCGUAAUUGCCUUUUAACUCUACGUAAAGAUUUAAACUUGCAGAAUCAACUCGCCAGCCAAGGAAGUACUUGGAAUUUCAUUCCACCUUCUGCACCCCAUUUCGGGGGAAUGUGGGAGGCUGGAGUGAAGAGCUUCAAGCAUCACUUUCGCCGAAUAGUGGGCUCUAGAACUCUUACUUUCGAAGAGUUAUAUACUACUCUUACGCGAAUUGAGGCAGCUCUUAAUUCUCGUCCAAUAGGACCGUUGUCGGAUAAUAGCGAAGAUUUAACGUAUUUGACCCCUGGGCACUUUUUGAUUGGUGCACCGCUUUUGAGUCCCCCGAACAAUCGGUCGAAUUUGUUUCUGAGAAUCGGCUAUCUCGUUGUUAGGUAA